AUGGGGGGGGGGUAUAAUGGUGAUGAUAGUGACAGCAGUGAUGAUUGUGGUGGAAGAGAUAGUGAUGGUGAUGGUGGUGACCAUGGUAGUAAUGAUGUUGAUGGAAAUCUAGAUGAUAAUGUUUAUGAAAAUGGUGAUGAUGAUGACGAUGAUGAUGAUGGCAGUACUUAUGACAAUGGAUGCCCCCCAGGGUCUCAUGCUGCUCCGCUGCUGCCCGUCAGCUACCGCCUGUCCCACACCCGCCUGGCCUUCUUCCUUCGAGAGGUGCAGCCGCCGCCCCCACCUACAGCCAACAGCAGCGGCGGGGCGCCCCUGCAGCGCUCUGAACCCUUCGUCGUCUUCCAGACGAAGGAAUUACCCAUACUCAAUGUAUCCCUGGGGCCCUUCAGCACCAGCCAGGUCCUGGCCCGGGAGCUCCUGCAGCCCGCCAGCACUCUGGACAUCCCUGAGAGGCUGACGGUCAACUGGAAGGUUCGGGCCUUCAUAGUGCACCCUCGGGUGCCCGCCUCGCAGCCCGUGGCCCAGGUCUUGUUCUACGUGGCCGGCCGGGACUGGGACGACUUUGGGGCCACCGAGAGACUGCCCUGCGUCCGCCUGCACGCCUUCCGCAACGCGCACGAAGUCAAGAGCUCCUGCCGCUUGAGCGGAGGGCUAGCCACCUGCCUGGUCCGGGCCGAGCUGCCUCUGGCCUGGUUCGGACCGCCUGCUCCGGCGGCACCACCCCCUGCCCGCCGCAAGCCCCCUGAAGGCCUGGAGCCCGAGCCUGGCGGGGAAAGCCAGCAAGCCGAACUCUACUAUAGACUACACUCCCCCGAUGCCAAUGGGGGCUGUGGUGGGGAGGGCGCCCGCCGGGGCGGGGGAGGAGCCCGCGCCGAGGGCCCCACGCAGUACCCGCUCCUCCGAAUAGGCAGCAUCAGUCUUUUUCGCCCGCCGCCCAAGCGGGCCCUCCAGGAGCACCGGCUGGACGGCAACCUGGUCAUCCGCCUCCCAGACCGACCCCUGAAACCUGGGGAGGUGUUAAGCAUCCUCCUCUACCUGGCACCCAACUCCUCCUCCUCCUCCAGCCCCAGCGUGGAACAUUUCACCCUCAGGGUGAAGGCCAAGAAGGGAGUAACCCUACUGGGCACCAAGGCCCGAAGUGGCCAGUGGCAGGUGACUUCAGAGCUGCUCACAGGGGGAAAGCACUCGACUGCCACCGUGGAUGUGUCCAGAGCUCAAAGUGCCCCCUUGCUCCCCAGGGAGGGCGAGGGACCCCUGGAGAUCCUGCAGCUGGACUUUGAGAUGGAGAACUUCACCAGCCAGUCCGUGAAGCGCCGGAUCAUGUGGCAUAUCGACUAUCGAGGCAGGAGCCCCCUGCCCGACCUAGAGAGGGCAGUGACUGAGCUGACCGUCAUCCAGAGGGAUGUGCAGGCUAUUCUACCCCUGGCUAUGGACACCGAGAUCAUCAACACAGCCAUCCUGACUGGCCGGACGGUGGCCAUACCAGUCAAGGUCAUUGCUGUCGAGGUGACGGGUCUGGUUCUGGAUGUCUCAGCCCUGGUGGAGUGUGAGUCCAACAAUGAGGACAUCAUCAAGGUGUCCAGCAGCUGUGACUAUGUGUUUGUGAGCGGGAAGGAGUCACGGGGCUCCAUGAAUGCUCGGGUGACCUUCCGAUAUGACGUCUUGAGCGCCCCCCUGGAGAUGACUGUCUGGGUCCCCAAAUUACCAUUACACAUUGAGCUGUCUGAUGCCCAGCUCAGCCAAGUGAAAGGCUGGAGGGUACCCAUUCUCCCAGACAGAAGCACAGAGAUAAAACAUGGGGCUGCGGGCCAAGGAUUCAUCCUAAACCUGCUCUCUACCUGCUUAUGGCCAGGUCAGCUCGGGGAGAGUGAGGAUGAGGAGGAGGAAGAGGAAGAGAAGCGGCAGAACCGGGGAUGCACUCUACAGUACCAACACUCCACGCUCCAGGUCUUCACUCAGUUCCACACCACGUCCUCUGAGGGCACUGACCAGGUGGUCACCAUGUUGGGCCCUGACUGGCUGGUGGAGGUGACCGACCUGGUCAGUGACUUCAUGAGGGUAGGUGACCCUCGUGUGGCCCAUCUGGUGGACAGCAGCACUUUGGCCGGCCUGGAGCCUGGGACUACCCCAUUUAAGGUUGUGUCCCCACUGACCGAGGCUGUUCUGGGAGAAACGAUGGUGAUGGUGACAGAGGAGAAGGUCAGCAUCACGGAGCUCCGAGGCCAGGUGGUGGCCAGCCUCUCCCUCUCCCUGCGCCCCAGCCCUGGGAAUAGUCACACCAUCUUGGCUACUACGGCAGCCCAGCAGACCCUCAGCUUCCUCAAGCAGGAAGCACUCCUGAGCCUCUGGCUGUCCUACAGUGAUGGCACCACGGCUCCACUGUCCCUGUACAGCCCAAGAGACUACGCAUUGCUGGUCAGCAGCCGGGAUGAGAGGGUGGCCACUGUGACCCAGGACCGGGCCUUUCCCCUCGUGGUGGCCGAGGCUGAGGGGGAAGGCCCGCUGCUCCAGGCUGAUCUCACCAUCUCAGAGAGCUGUCAGAAAUCCAAGCGGAAGAGCAUCCUGGCCACAGCGGCUGUGGGGCUGCGAGUGCGCUUUGGGAAUGAGGAAGAGGAUCCCACCUAUGACUACCCGGGCCCGAGCCAGCCUGGCCCAGGUGGGGGCGGUGGAGACAGUGAGGAUGAGGUCGUAGGGGCUGGCCACCCUGGCACUGCUUCCCCUCAGGGGCCACCCACACCAGGCACUGCUGGUCCAGCCCAGACUCCGACAGAGGAUUUUCCACCCAUCCCCACGGGCUUCACCCAGAUGCCCCGGGGACUGACGGACCUGGAAAUCGGGAUGUACGCCUUACUAGGUGUCUUCUGCCUGGCCAUCCUCGUCUUCCUCAUCAAUUGUAUUGUAUUUGUACUCCGGUAUCGGCACAAGAGGAUCCCCCCUGAGGGCCAGACCAGCAUGGACCACUCCCAUCACUGGGUCUUUCUGGGUAAUGGACAGCCCCUCAGGGCCCAGGGGGAGCUCUCACCCCCUGCAGGCAACCCUCUGGAGGCCGUGCCUGCCUGCUGCCAUGGGGACCACCACAGCAGUGGCAGCUCCCAGACCAGCGUCCAGAGUCAAGUCCACGGGAGAGGGGAUGGCAGCUCGGGGGGCUCAGCCCGGGACCAGGCCGAGGACCCAGCCAGCUCUCCCACAUCCAAGCGCAAGCGGGUCAAGUUCACCACUUUCACCACAAUGCCCUCUGAGGAGCUAGCCUAUGACUCAGUGCCCGCUGGGGAGGAGGAGGAGGAGGAGGACCUGAGGUGGGGCUGCCCAGAUGUGGCAGGGGGCACAUUGGCUGCCCCCCCAGACCUGCACAACUACAUCCGUAGAAUCAAAGAGAUUGCUUAGAUGCCCCUCCCACAACUACCCCGAGCCUCCACCUUGGCCCCACUCAGCUGCUUUUCCGGGAAGAGUCUGCCUCAACCUCCCGGCUUAUUCUGGGCCUUGUUGGAUUGGGUUUUAUAAAUCCUAACCUUCUCCCCACCUCCUAACAUUGGGUUAGGCCUGGGCAGGGCUGGCUCUGAAGCCUUGUCCCCUCCCCUCCACUCACCGCAGGCUCUCCCUCUGGAGGGACUAGCCCGGUAGGAAGGGAUUGAAGGAGAGGCCCUAUCUUCCCCCUCUCACUGUCUCCACUGCCUUCUAAAAUCUAACACCUCUUUUCCCCCUCAGACAGUAAGAAGAGGCAGUGUGUAGACAAGAGAGAGAAAAAGAAAUUGGGGGAGGGAGAGAGAAGCGCGGGCUUUUCCCUGUGUGCCCCUCCCAAGCUUUGUCUGCCCCCAGGGUUAUCCCUUCCUUGGGGGCCUGCUUCCCUCCCCUCCCACUCCCCCAUUUCUCCUCCUUCCCUUCCCCCAAGCUGCACAAUGACUUUUCUCAAACCUACAUUCAGGGAUUUCUGUCCUGAGGAUGGGGAUGAGGGGACUCCCCCCGGCCCUCCUGAGGGAUGGAGCUGCAGAGCUGAAGAAUUGGGGCUGGCUUGGGAAGUCAUACCCCCUGAAAAUCUGGGAGGCUCCAUCCCUCUCCAGAUGCUGGGAACCUCCCCAGGUUACUUGUGGGAGUCCCCGUGGGAGCCCUUGGUCACGGGUUCAGCCCAUGGGGGUCAAGGUCGGAGCCAGACUGUGCCACCCUCAGCUUGCCCAUACCCUCAAAUCUCCUCCCCUGAGGAAUCGUUGAGGGCUUCUCCCCUCCUGCCUCCUUCCUAUGGAGGCUCUGGGCAGGGAGCUGGUGUGUGGGAGGUGUCUACUCUGUCCACAACCCUUCCCCUCCACCCCAAAAUCUAUUGUCCAGAGAUGGGGCACUGGCAAUGACACUGUCCCAGAAAGGGUUAAGGGGUAGGAGGGCAGAGAAGAGGGGGAGCUCCAUCUGCCCAGGCUCUCGUGGCUUCCCCACAAUGUCUCACCCCUACUCCCAACCCAAGGGCACUGCCCUCUAAUUCCCAGUUAGGCGGGAAUUCUUCUAACCCUGUGAUUUCCUCAGCUAGGUCUUCACCACGCCUUAGCCACUUGUCAUGGGUUUGCCAGCUGUUUAUUCCCUUUCUAGGUGGGUCAGGGUGGGGUGGCAGGGUGAGGGAGGCGCUAGGAGAGGCUGCCUUUCCCCCCUCCACCAACACAGACCCCCAUGGGGUGGGUCUGAAGGCACCAGGAGACAUAUCGUCUUUAAGGGUGAGAGCUGAGGGCACCAGCAUCACCGCCACCACCCUGGGGCAGCUGGAUUGGACGAUGCAACUUCUCAGAUGUGAUUUCUCCAUUUGGGUUUUUACCCACCACUGUGUCUGAUUUUUCUUAAAUAAAUAAACAGAAAAGACCAGUAUGGGGCGGGAGCAGAGGGACCCAGAGAA